UGCCUCUUGGCAGCGGAGCAGAAAACUUACUACAACACCCUCUUAGCAUUGAGAGGCUUCUGCUCCCUCCACACUCAUGACCAUCGGCAAGCCCUGCAGGACUUUCAAAAGGUCAUUGAGCAUGAUUCCCCACAUCCUAACAGCUGUAUUAAAGCCUUAUGUGGGCGCGGACUUAUUCGGAUUUCUGGCGGCAGCUAUUACUUGGCAGCCCUGGAUUAUAUCACAGCUUGCCAGUUAAAGCUGGAAGAAACCCUCUUUACCAUCAAGUCCUACGUGCCAUGGAACCAAAGAGGACUAUUGGUGAAAGUUCUCCAAGAAGAAGGACAGAAGAUGCUCCAAAAGAAGAGGUACCCAGGAGGCAGUUCAGCCCGCGGGCGGAGAAAGAAACAGGGCUGUUCAGAUUCCCAAAAGAAAGAGAGUGACACGCCUGGGGUUUACCAGCUGGCUUCUCUCUUGGUGGAGCUGGACACUUCUGAUGAAACAUCACGAAUCCUUUGUGCUGAUGCUCUCUACCAGAUGGGCAGUGUAGAAGAAGCUCGAAAGCUGCUUUCAGUAGCACUCUCCAGAAAUCCACAAAGUUCUCCCAUCCUGGCUAGACUGGCGCUUCUGCAGCUGAAGAAAGGUUUCACGUAUGAUGGCAACCAGCUGCUAAAGAAAGUGAUCCGAAUUGGAGAUACCUCCUGCCUCCUGCCAAUCAUGGACAUUUUUAAAGACGAAGACCAGAAGCUGAUGCAAACUCACUGCCAUUUCAGAGCGCUGACCAUCUUGGAGAACACACAGGAGGAUGCUGACAUCAAAGAGGCCAUUGCCUACCUUUCCUUUGCCAUCAUUGCUUCAGGUGGUUCUGCUGAAGACUGCCUUCUCGUCAGGGCUCGAUGUUACGAGCGCCUUGGUCAGAAGAAAACUGCUAUUUUUGAUUUUAACGCCAUCCUGAAGGAGAACCCUAGGAACGUGCAAGCUCUGAGUGGGCGAGGAUUCAUUUACCUUGCCCUGAAGCAGCAGAAGGAGGCGGUGCAAGAUUUGAUCUCAGCGCUGAAAGUGGAGGCAGGAGUAGUGAUCCUGGCAAUCCUGUCUUUAAAGCGUGAUGCCCGAGGGUUGAUCACUCAGUGGCUUCUCCAGCAUAGCAGGACUGCAUUAACUGAGCUCGGUGCUACUGAAGACCUUUCAAAAGAAGAAACUCUCAGGGAUCUUCUCACGAUUGCAAAAGCACUAAUUAAAAUUUGCAAGGAUGCACAAUAUCACCUCUUGUACACAGAUGUUUUGAUUGCAGAUGGUAAGUAUGAAGAGGCCUUUGAGCACCUUCAGGAAGCAUUUGGCCACUCUCUUGCUGAUGACUUUGCUGGUGCACGCCUGGCUCUGCUGCAGCUGAAGAAGAGGAACGUGGCAGUGGCAGCUCGCUCAUUCAGUGUCCUAGCUGGGAGAGAUGAAAGGGAGUUGGAGUUUCUCCUGAGCUUUGUAGAUGCUAAGCAACGGCAGCAUCUUUCUCAGGUAGCAGCCCAGGAAGGAAAUGUGCUGAUUAAAGAAUAUCGCUAUGAGAAGGCUCUUGGUUAUUACACCCUGGCUGUCUUGGCAGGCAAAGAUAAUCCACGCUAUCUCCGACUGAGGGCUGCUUGCCUUAUGCACCUGAAAAAAUAUGACAAAGCUUUGAAAGAUAUGGAGAAAGUGAUCCAGAAGCAUGGCUGUAGCAGUCUUAAAACACGCGUUGAGGACCACUGCUCAAAAGGGCACCUGCUACUGUCCGUGGCUGAGGAAGAAGCAGCAGUUAAGCAGUACAUCGAGGCACUGCAGUUGGAUGAAUCGGUGGCAUUAUGCAGCAUCAGGAAUGGCCCUGGCAGUGAACUUUUAAUCCAAACAUUUCAUAAGAUUGCACAACACAAUUUUGAAAUGCAGCAUUAUGAAGAGGCCUGGAAAAUCACAGAUUAUGGUCUAAAAAUUGAUAAAAAUACUGAACUUAAAAAGCUGAGAACAAGACUUAAGCGCGAGGUGUCAAGCUGUAGCCUACAUUAA